AUGUGUAUUAAGAAUUGUAGGCUGAGGGCCGCAGUGGCUGCCAGCGUGGGGUUGAGCCAGGGGCCGACGGGCUCCGCUCGUAGCCGACGCCUCCUCCGCCCGCCAAGCCCCGCUCUAGCGGCGCCGGGGGCCCGGCUGUUGCGGCUCCCGGGAAAUGGGGCCGUGCAGGCCGCAAGUCCUGAGCGCGCUGGCUGGACCGAGGCGCUGCGGGCCGCCGUGGCCGAGCUGCGCGCCCGCGCCGUGGUGGCCGUCCCCACAGACACGCUGUACGGCCUGGCCUGCUCGGCGAGCUGCUCGACAGCACUGGACGCUGUGUACCGCCUCAAGGGCCGCAGCGAGACCAAGCCGCUGGCCGUAUGCCUGGGCCGCGUGGCGGACAUCUACAGAUAUUGCCAAGUGAGAGUACCCGAGGAACUCCUCAAAGACCUGUUGCCAGGUCCAGUGACCCUGGUGAUGGAACGCUCAGAAGAGCUCAACAAAGACCUGAACCCCUUUACUCCUCUUGUAGGUAUCCGGAUUCCUGACCAUGCCUUCAUGCUGGACUUGGCCCAGAUGUUUGGGGGACCUCUUGCUCUCACCAGUGCCAACCUCAGCUCCCAGGCCAGUUCUCUGAAUGUUGAGGAGUUCCAAGACCUUUGGCCUCAUUUGUCCCUGGUCAUUGAUGGGGGACCAAUUGGGGAUGGUCAGAGCCCUGAGUGUCGCCUUGGUUCUACUGUGGUUGACUUAUCUGUGUCUGGAAAGUUUGGCAUCAUUCGUCCAGGCUGUGCCCUGGAAAGCACUACAGCCAUUCUCCAACAGAAGUAUGGGCUACUCCCCUCACACAGGUCCUGCCCAUGAAAUUCAGGAGAAGGACCCAAGGAGAGUGCUGGAUACUAUGUGUCUGUCCACUGGUGAUUGUCAAGGCCUCAUUUGCAGAGGCCACUGGAGCCACAUCACUAGUCUAUUCUUUAGGCAACACGUCUUUCUGAAUACUAGACCAGAAGCUGCUGGUUUAACCACUUUGUGGGAAGGUUAUAUUUCUUCUGUGGUUGCAUACAUCAGCGCAAAGCUGAAUAAAAAGGUUAAGCACAUUCCUAGGGUGGGUCUUAAAUCUGAUCAGUUUCUCCUCUCCCUCCCUCUCUCUUAAAUUGAAAAGUAAGCUGGUCACAGUGGCUCAAGCCUGUGAUCCCAGUAACCUGAGGCAGAAGAAUAGCAAAUUCGAGACCAGCCACAGCAGCUUAGCCAAGCCCUAAUCAGCUUGAGACCCUGUCUCAAAAUUCAAAAAGGACUGGGGAUGUGGCUUGGUGGUUAAGAACCCCUGGAUUCAAUCACCAAUACCAAAAAGUCAGGUUACCAAAAGCAAGGGUUUGCUGGCUCCUCAAACUGGAACCAGGUUAAAAUAAAAAUUGUAGAACUGCA